AACGGAACUAGACAGAUGAAAAUGAAAACCAGUGUAAUGGGCUCUCUGGAAUUCCAAUUCCCUCAACUGGGUUUUCUCCAAAACCUCUCCAAACCCCACCCACGAUGCUCUUCCAUGGUCACCUGUGGGCUUAGAGGCGGACCCAGAAAGCCUCUGUGGAGGAAAAGUGUUUUAUCAUCAGAAACCAUUCAAGUAGUCCAUUCCUUGAAGCUAGCCAAGUCAUCCACUUCCAGAUUACAACAGGUUUUUAGUGGCAGACUCAGCAGGCUCUUGAAGGCAGACUUGUUGGACACUUUGGCUGAACUCCAUAGACAAAAUGAGUUGGACUUAGCCCUCAAGGUCUUCCAAUUUGUGCGCAAGGAAGAGUGGUAUCAACCGGAUCUGCCCUUGUACUGUGACAUGAUUCUAUUGUUGGGAAAGAACAAAUUGAUUGACAUGGCUGAAGAGUUCUUUUCUGAACUAAAGAAAGAAGGCUUACAACCCAACACAAGGGCUUUUGCUGAGAUGAUUGGGGCAUAUAUACGAGUGGAUAUGAUAGAAAAGGCAAUGGAGACAUAUGAAUUGAUGAAGGCAUCAGGUUGUGCCCCAGAUAGAUUGACAUUUAUGAUAUUGAUAAGGAACCUUGAGAAGGCAGGAAAAGAAGAACUUGCAGCAAUGGUAAAGAAGGAAUGUGUUGAAUAUGUUGAUUCACCUGAGAGAUUCCUGGAAGAAGUUGAACAGCAUCAAAAGAGGAAAUCGUUCAAUCUUGCGUGAAAACUUCCAGUGCUUGGACUGCAAACUUUAGAUUGGUCUACUUUAGUACAUUUAGCAGCCGUGAGCAACAGACAUAGCCAGGCUCUCAUUGUAGCUUGUUGUCAACAGAUUAGAGAUUAUGAAGAGUCAUUUUGAAAUAUGGUUUGGCAGUGUUAUUGUUAUUUUAAUAAAUGCUGCACAUCUGUAGGCCUUACCUUUGUCAAUACUUAUGUAGCUAUCUUGAUUCUUCAUUUGAUAUCAGGAAUAACUUCAUGUAGUAAGAGGUUCUAGAUAUACAUGGGGUGUUUUAUCCCUGUAGUAAUUCAUACGAUCAUUUCAGAUA